AUGGCACCCACUUUUUACUGCCACCCUCCUGUGGCCAUGGAUGAGUACCCCAAGAAGCUGGGGGCCCACAAGCUGCCAGGGUGGGUGGGGAUUGUGGGGAUCCUGCUGAGCCUACUGGUGGUGGGUCUGUCUGUGGCAGUCGGCGUUCUCGCUGCCAAGGCCAAUAGCCCAGCUUGCAAGGAUGGCCUCCGAGCUGAGCGGGAGUGUCGAAACAUCACCCACCUCCUGGAUCAGGAGCUGACCCAGGCCCAGGAUGCCUUGCGGGGCACUGAGGCCCAAGCUGCUACUUGUAACCAGACUGUGGAGACCCUGAAGAUUUCCCUGGAAGAGGAGAAGACUAGGGGCCGCAAGCAGCAGGAGCUGGUGCAGAAGCUUCAAGAGGAGAUCAAGACAGUGAAGCAGUCGCUGCAGGACAAGUCCCAGGAGCUGGAGCAACUAAGACAAAAGAAUGAGGCCUUGGUCCCUGCCAAGGGGCUCCCCAACUCCGGGAUCAGCCUCUCCAAGAUCUCUGUGCUCCUGACCCUGAGCCUCCCGGGCCUGCUGGCCUGA